AUGUUCGACCUGUCGCUGCUCUUCCGGGCACCGGAUGUCAACCCCAUUAACCGCAAAGCACGGUCUAUUCCCGUGCUCAACCCGUUCGACCUCUAUGGACGUGUGUUCUUCUUCGCCUGGUUUGGCUUCAUGAUCGCCUUCUGGUCGUGGUACGCCUUCCCGCCUCUGCUAUCGGACAUUAUCAAGAAGGAUCUGGGUCUCUCGCAAGCCGAGAUCGCCAACUCUAACAUCAUUGCCCUCGUGGCCACGCUUGUUGUGCGACUGAUUGCUGGCCCGGCCUGUGACCACUUCGGCCCCCGCUGGACCUUUGCAGGAUGCUUGAUUCUGGGCGCCAUCCCGACCUUCCUAGCGGGGACGGUUCGCAAUGCGACUGGGCUGAUGGUGCUGCGCUUCUUCAUCGGCAUCCUGGGCGGCAGCUUCGUGCCGUGCCAGGUGUGGACGACGGGCUUCUUCGACAAGAACAUCGUCGGCACGGCCAACUCGCUCACCGGCGGCCUGGGCAACAUGGGCGGCGGCAUCACCUACUUCGUCAUGCCCGCCAUCUACGAGUCGCUGGUGUCGGACGGCCUGCGCAAGCACGUCGCCUGGCGCGUCACCUUCGUCGUUCCCGGCGUCAUCAUCACCGCCACGGCCAUCUGCAUGCUGCUGUUCACGCCUGACUGCCCGACGGGCAAGUGGUCGGAACGCCAGGCCGUGGCCGACGCCAACCUGCGCUCGCAUAGCAUUAGCACCGGCGUCGUCGACAUCCCCGGCUCGCUCACGGGCAUGCCGGCGAAGCAAGAGAGCGGCACGCAGUCGCCCAUCGGCUCCGUCUCGUCGUCGACCAAGAAGGAGCUGGGCGGCGGCAGCGGCGUCGUGCUGCCGUCGGACCACCACUUCGCCGACCACGAGGCGCAGCUCAGCGAGGAGCAGAUGCUCGAGGCGGCCAAGGGUGAGGUGAUCCAGAAGCCGUCGUUCGGCGAGGCGAUGCGCGUACUCGUCUCGCUGCCCACGCUCACCCUCGCCGCCGGCUACUUUUGCAGCUUCGGCGGCGAGCUGGCCAUCAACAGCAUCCUGGGCUCCUUUUACGCCAAGAACUUCCCUGCCCUCUCGCUGCAGGAGCGCGGCAACUGGGCCGCCAUGUUCGGCCUGCUCAACGGCGCGUUUCGCCCCCUCGGCGGCCUCGUCGCCGACUGGGCCUACAACGCCACGCCCGGCUCCGGCGGCGGGGGGCUGUGGGCGAAGAAGGCGCUGAUCCACGCGUACGGCGUUAUCACCGGCGCCUUUCUUAUUGCUAUCGGUAUCGUCAACCCGCACAGCGAGAGCGCCAUGUUCGGCCUCGUCGCGGGGAUGGCUUUUUUCCUCGAGGGCGGCAACGGGCUCAACUUCGCCCUCGUGCCCCACGUCCACCCGCACGCCAACGGCAUCGUGUCGGGCGUCACCGGCGCCGCGGGUAACCUCGGCGGCAUCGUCUUCGCCAUCAUCUUCCGCUACCACGGCACCCACUACGCAAAGUGCUUUUGGAUUAUUGGUGUCAUGAGCAUCGCUAUGAAUUUGGCUGUCAGCUGGAUUAGGCCGAUUCCGAAGGGGCAGGUUGGUGGGCAUUAG